GUAAUUGUUGAUUUUUUGGUUGGAUGACUUGGGCAGAAAAAUAUUUAAAGAAUAAAAAAAUCCGAGAAGCAGAAGAGGCAGCAUGGCACUCAAGAAUAACAAAGACUGUUAUAAGGGUACGGUUUCCUGAGAAUCAUACACUAGAGGCUACAUUUCAUCCAUCAGAGAAAAUAGAGAGUUUGAUUGUUCUCCUCGAGAAAGUGGUAGCUAAACCUGAACUGCCAUUUUAUAUAUAUACUGCUCCACCCAUAAAGCAAAUAAAAGACUUGUCUCAGGACUUUUACUCUGCCGGCUUCAUUCCUGGUGCAAUAGUUUAUUUUUCAUAUGACACUCGGAAAGGGGUCAUCAAACUCUAUUGAGCAUCCUGUGAUGAAUGAAUUCAACAAUUCUGAAGAAACACAUACCGAUUGGCCGAAGUAACUUACAAUUCUUGGAUGGGACGACCCCACCGUAAAGUCGCCUCUACCUCUGAACUAUUUUUUAGCAUCACUUUUCUGGGAAGGUUUCUGUCUUUUCAUCCAAUGAACCAGGCUGCCGCCUUUGCCAUCAUUUUUCAUCACAGGAGAGUGACAGUGAAACUCUAGAUUUGU